AUGACGUCCAGCGGUUUCCAGGCAACACCGGGCUGGAGCUGGCCAGAUGACGUUCCGCACUCAGCCGAAGGGCCUGCGAGCGCAACGCCAGCUGGCGAUUCCCAACCUCGCCAUCGCCCCAAAUCCAGCACAACAAGCAUGCCUGGAUGGUAUGAGCCCGAUGAGGAAGUCCACCAGCCCGAGCAAAACACCCAACCUACCGGCUCAGCGCAGGAUCAACCCAAACCAAGGCGUUCCUAUGGACCAAGGACUUGCCGCAUCUGCCUGGAAACCGUUCUCCCAACCUUCAAUCAGCCUUCCGAGAACCUACCAUCAAUGUUCCAGACUGAGCCUAACGUGACAUAUGAAUCGGAGGAAGGCCGUCUCAUCACCCCAUGCAAAUGCAAAGGAUCUUCGCGUUAUGUGCAUGAAGGAUGCCUCCAGUCGUGGCGUCAUGCUGAUCCGUCCUACGGCAGACGGAAUUAUUGGCAAUGUCCAACUUGCGGGUUUCGCUACCGGCUCGAACGCAUGGCCUGGGGUCGAUGGAUUAGCAGCACCGCGACUCAGAUUGCUCUGACCUUUGGCAUCUUUCUCCUGGCAACCUUCUUUCUCGGCUUCGUCGCCGACCCCAUCAUCAACCUCUACCUUGAUCCGGUUGGUACCGUGGUCCCGCUAGGUGGUAGUUCGUCCAGCUACGAACAUCUGGUCCCCGAAGAGGACGAGCCUGAGGGGUGGUCUUUCCAUUUCGUCAAGGGUUUCGCAUCUCUAGGUAUCCUUGGUUUUGUGAAGUACAUCUUCGUCAGCCCCAUCAGGGUCUAUCGCAUGGGGGGUGGACCCUUGGGUGGGUCAGGCCGUGGCAAUACUGGUCGCGACAGACUUGCGAAUAUCAGUUGGGGGGUUGUCCUGAUUGGUAUUGCCACCGUCCUCUAUGGCGUGUGGAAAGCAGUCCGUGCCUGGGCGCGUAGGACGCUCGAGAAGGCUAGCGAGCGAGUCAUGGACGUACCUGUUGACGAUGAUGAAGAAGAUGAUAUCUCGGAACCAUCCGCCACCAGUGGACAACGAUGA